UUUGACGUUGACCUCGAAAUUUCCAAGAAACGUGCCUGUCAGUUUGCUCGCGUACAGCUUGGCUCUUUAAAUAAUCGACAAAGAUCUAUCGUAAAGAGCUGCAAUCCCGUAGAAGCCAGUAGACCUAGUAGAGUUGGUUCUAAAGGAAUGUUUUAAUUAAGGGAAUUCGUCAAAGCCUGUUUUGUGGUCAAGUUGAAGCUCAAUAUAGAUAGGCAAUUCCGAUCCUGGUACUAAAAGUAUUGGUGAGUUCUGUGAAUAUAAAACCAUCCAAAAAAACAAGAGUCAUCAUUUGCUUGGAAACUCAAUAUGUCAAGACCAGUAACAUUUCAUGUUACCAUCAAGUUGUUUCUUCUCCUAGUCAGUAGCGUGACACUAUCAAAUGGCAAAACAGGCCUCAGUUUAAACAAUUGUUCCUGUUUUAUGUCUGGACAAUACUACAAUCUCAAGUCACUAGCACGUCUGCACGGUGGGCCAAGAUUUCAGACUGAAAAGAAUAACUGGAAUUAUGCUUAUAAUCCAUGCAUACCAUUCUCCAUUGAACCUCCCUGUGAAGACGUGGCGAUUUGUCGAUGGGAUGCAUUCGAUCAAAGUUUCACCAAUCUAGGCCUUGAAAAAGAUAUGCUAUGUAAAAGUUCCAAAGAAGGAGUGAAAUUUACUUUCAAAAUACCCAAACGGUAGGUAAGGAAUAAUAUUCUUGUUUUGU